AUGAACGGGUUUUCCGGAAAGGUUGAUGUGACGGUAGUUGUUGGUUACGAAGACCAUAUCCCUGACAAGAGGGAGGCUAUUCUGGAGGAGAAUAAGGUCACCGUCUGCCACGCUAAAAAGAUGGCUAGACCAACCAAAGGCUCAAAAAACGACCAAUCUGCAGAUAAGAAGAUAGUAGAAAUACUAGAACGACCAAUCUGCCGAUGA